AUGACCAAUCGAGAAGAACGGCAGAGCACGAUGUACCGCACUAGGAUCACGAAGAUUCAUCAUCCGUGCAAACCUAUGACGCAGGAGAGAUUGAAACCAUCGCCGAUCGACAGAGUAUGCCGACGCAUUACGCUGACAUGGAAUCCGAUCCCCAACAAUACACAUCGCUACACCCUCUGCCGCUGCAUCUUACGCAGAUCUAGCCCCUCAAAGUUCGUCCCGGAGCUGACGAUCCUCAUCUCUGGCAUAUGCCCCCGGCACAACAAUCAUGGGAGAAUGCACAAGGGCUACGGAGAUCAGAAUUACCAUCAAGACCCGUACUUCGACCAGUUCGGUGGCUACAACGCCUUCCGUCUGAGGGUGUUUGUGGAUUUCCCCGGCAUUUAUCUAAAUGUCCUGGGCCGGCAUGCGUUCAUAGCGGAAGAUGAGAUGGAUACCCUCGUCGCCGACUUCGAAAGAGUUGAUUUCCAGCCUGGAAGCCCGGCUGUUGCCGCUAGAGUGGAAUAUCUUUAUGAAGUAUAUAACGAACACCACGAACAUGGUGUCGAGCUACCGGAGCAUGUCGUGGAGCUUCUACGUGAUCGAACCCCUGCCAACGAGACAAGCAAGUAUCCUGGCAUUCCGGUUGAAAGAGACCACUUCACGGAAUGGGCUGCAAGCCCCAGGAUGCGGGAGGUGGAAGUGAUUCUGCGUGGUAAAUGGGCAGGAUUGCCGCAUUGGGCGGUUAAGCCAUAG